CUCUGCGCAGGAAGAUGGAGGCAGUACAAAAGGAAUACUGGUACUUCUUGGUACUUGUUUCUCUCACUUUUCUCAAAGUGUCAGAGCAGCUGAGGGCACCUGUCAGUACAGUCCGGCUGCAGGAGGGAAUGAUGCUGGACUGUUUAUGUCCCUGGACUGGAAGACUCAGCAUGGUCUCCUGGACUAAACAGCCUGAUCAGAAGCCUCUGGCCAUCUACCACCCUGAAUUUGGCGUAAACUUCGGUGCACCCUACGAGGGCCGAGUGGAGUUUGUCAAAGCCUCAUCCAUGGAUGGCAGCAUCAUCAUAACGAAUGUGACGGAGGAGGACCUGGGCCUGUACCGCUGCUCUCUGCAGACUUUCCCCCAAGGCUCUUGGACCAAAGACACACUGGUGGAAAAUAAACUGGUGAUCUCCACCACCUCCUCUGCCCAUCCUCACACCGAACUCAUCGUUCCAGAGAGUGAAAACCUGACCAUCAUUUGUAAAGCUCAUGCUGGAGCUGUGAGUGAGGUCAGCAUAGAGAAGCUGUGGUCAGGGCAGGAGGGCAGCACUGUGUUGGCAGUGUGCAAAGCGCUGGCAGACAAUGUAGGGGUCACUGAGUUUGCAGACAGGAUCGGGGUAAACUGCACUGAUGAUUUAGAGAUGAGUGUGCACCUGAACGACGUGAUGGAGAAGGACGGAGGGCUUUAUCGCUGUAACUUCAGCAUGGCCACCGGCACCCAGGACACCAGCCUCAUCGUGCUGACCACCAUACCCAAUCGAGGACUCAGAAAUCUUCACAACAUGAUGUACAUAUACGUCGGGGGAGGAGUAGCAGGUGCAUUUGUACUGAUGAGCGGAGUUCUCUUACUGACGUGGUUGAGCAGGAGGAGAAGGAGGAGGAGAGAGGAGUACAGGAUCCAGCUGCACCCCGCCAAGAGACGACAGCAUAAUGCUUAUGAGCACGGAGCAGUGUAUGACAGGAUGAAAAAGGAGACAAAGCACCAGAGAAAGAAUAGCCCAGUGUACGUCAACCUGCAGACUGUGCGAGCAUAUAAGAAAAGACAACGAUGACGCCUUCAACUUUGAACUCUGUUGAAAUAUUUCCAUUGACUUUCCAGCUGCUGGUGAUGUUUGACCAGUUGGCAUAGAAAGCGCAAGCCUGGGUGACUGACCAAAUCUAGCACAUACUAAUGUGUGAAAGUGGAGAAGAGUGAAACUAUGCAGCGCUCUGGACUCAAUUCUAAUGACAUCAUCAGCAUCAUUAUCAUUAUCACUACUGCUGGAUUAACUCUUGUCCGGCCCAUUAUUUGCUUUUGUAACUUCAGAAUCAGAUAUUUAUGUAUUAUGCUGAGUAGAAAUAGACAUUUCUUUCCUGUUUUUCCAUGACGUCCAUGCACCGCUCACAAACAUGUUCUUUCAUAGCAACUGUUGCUAAGUAGUCUAGUUUUACAGAAACCUGGGGCCAUAUUACAGAAACAGACUAACUCUAAAGUCAUAUCUUCAGUUAGACUGAUUUUAGGACAGUAGCAGUUCUAAAGUGCAUUAUCUUAUUUUAACUCCAAAUUUCACAAAGUUUCCUAAAUACUGUCCUAACUUUAGGAUAGCACUAAUAGUGUCCCAAUAGGCACAGUUAUGCCAUUACAUUCAUUCUUUUUGCAAAACACCAGUUUUAACUGUGAUUUUCUUUUUGCUGCAGUUCAAAAAACAACUACCUUUUGUCUGAUUCUCUCUCAUUACUUGCAUCUGUUAAUGUAGAUGAAAACUUGCUAAAUAACAUAUUGCAGCAAUGGUGGCGAGUAAUGAUGAGAUGGAGUUAAACCUUUGGCAGUUUUAGGAGGAACAGGGUGAUGAAGGCCAUAAAUGGAAAUGAAAACAGGGUGACUUAAACAGCAGGGGGCGCUGUCACAAUAUUUGUAACUUUGUUGAUCGAGGUUACUAAAAAGUCCAGUUCAUCAAACUUUAAUUUCGUUUUCCUAGGGUUGCUAUAGCUUUUAAUGUUUCUGUUUAUGUUAUUUUGUUAUUAACACAAUAACAUCAUAAUACUGGCUCCAGGGACUGUGAUAUAAACUGAGCCGUGUCCUACAGUUUCUCAUUAGGUUGGAUGAAUAACUCGCUCUAAAUGUAGGUAUUGUGAUAUAA